GGAACCUCGGCGUGAGCGCCCCGGGAAGAUGGAGCAGCCGCCGCCCGCGUCGCCGCCGCCCGGGGCUCCCCCGUCCCCGCGGGGCCAACAGCAGCUCCAGCCACCGGCGCCCGGUCCCCCGGCGCGCGAGGCCCCGGAGCCGCGGGCGAGGACGCCCCGGAGGGUGUAGACCGCGCCCCAGGAGUUUAGCCGACUUUCUGGAGCUCGUCUUUUCUGAUGCAACCUCACGUGCAGUUGGCUCCCCUGCCGGACCCCGGAGGUGCGGAUUCUGAGUUAAGGCGAGUUUUGCCAGUCGCUUCUGCGCAAGCCUGCCUUCGGAACUUCUGGAAGAGCAUCUCCCUCGGGAUAGUGAUGAUCUUCGGAAUGAAGUCUCUGGAAAAUUUUAGGUUCUCCAUAGGAACUACAAAUACUGAAGGAAAGAAAAUUUUCAAAAGGAAAUUGUUUUGAAAGUAUGUUUACAACUAACUGAUACUGUUGACAGUUUUUUUUUCUUUUUUCUUCUUCUUUUUUUUUUUUUUAUAACAAAACACUUUAAGAAGAUUGUAUUUAUGGUAAAAGGAAACUGGACUAACAAUGAGGCCAAAGACUUUUCCUGCCACGACUUAUUCUGGAAACAGCCGCCAGCGACUGCAGGAGAUCCGAGAGGGCUUAAAGCAGCCGUCCAAGUCUUCCGCUCAGGGCCUGCCGGUGGGACCAAACAGUGACGCUCCCCUGGCUGCCAAAGCCCUGGGGGGCAAGGAUGCUGCCCGGCAGCAGCAGACGAGAGCCACCCCGAAGUUCGGACCUUACCAGAAGGCCCUGAGAGAAAUCAGAUACUCCCUGUUGCCUUUUGCUAAUGAAUCGGGCACUUCCGCGGCUGCAGAAGUAAACCGGCAGAUGCUGCAGGAAUUGGUGAACGCGGGAUGCGACCAGGAGAUGGCCGGCAGGGCUCUCAAGCAGACUGGCAGCCGGAGCAUCGAAGCCGCCCUGGAGUACAUCAGCAAGAUGGGCUACCUGGACCCCAGGAAUGAGCAGAUUGUGCGAGUCAUUAAGCAGACCUCCCCAGGGAAGGGCAUCGCGCCGGCCCCGGGGCCGCGGAGGCCGAGCUUCGAAGGAACAGGCGACCCCUUCCCGCCCUACCAUCAGAUGAGCGGGGCAGCCUACGAGGGCAGCGGUCCGCUGGAGGAGGUGCCCCGGCAGUACAUGGACUUUCUUUUCUCCGGAAGCGCUCGCAGCGUGCCCGGCGGCCAUCAGCACCAGCCCAAAGGCUACGCGGCCAACCUGGAGUCCGCGGGGAUGAGCUUCCCGGUGGCCGCGCCGGCGGGCCAAGCCCUCCCGCUGCAAGGCGCCCCCUACAGGCCGCACCUGCUGGUGCCGGGGGAGCCGCUGGGCUACGGCCUCCAGCGCAGCCCCUCCUUCCAAAACAAGGAGGCGGGAGCGUACGGGAGCCCGGCCGCCAAGGGCCCCGCGGUGCAGGUGCAGGUGCAGGUGCAGCCGGGCGCCGGCCACGCGUUUCCGGCCGCGGGAGCGGCGGCCGGUCUGUACCUGCCCCACCCGCACCACAAGCAGGCCCACCAGGUGCACGUGAUGGGCUCCCGGGGCCAGGUGUUCGCCAGCGACAGCCCCCCCCAGAGUCUGAUGGCGCCCUCCAGGAACAGCCUCAACGUGGACCUGUACGACCUGAGCGGCGCCCCCGUCCAGCAGUGGCAGGCCUCCACCCUGUCCCGCCGCGACUCUCUGCAGAAGCCGGGCCUGGAGGCACCCCCCCGCCAGCACGUGGCCUUCCUGCCCGAAGGCCCGGUCCCCAGCAGGACCAACUCCUUCAACAGCCACCAGCCGCCCGUGGCCGUGCCCAUGCGGGCGGGCGUGCCCGGCAAGACGGAGCCCUCCGUGCCCUCCCCCAACACCAUCACGGCCGUGACGGCCGCCCACAUCCUGCACCCGGUCAAGAGCGUGAGGGUGAUGCGGCCCGAGCCCCAGACGGCCGUGGGGCCCUCGCACCCGGCCUGGGUGCCCGCGCCCGCGCCCGCGCCCGCGCCUGCGCCCGCGCCCGCGCCCGGGGUGGAGAGUCUGGACUCGAAGGACGAGCACUCCCUGCCGCUGGGGGGCGCCGGUGCGUACCCGCUGGACGUGGAGUACGGCGGCCCGGACCUGAGGUGCCCGCCCCCGCCCUACCCCAAGCACCUGCUGCUGCACAGCAAGUCCGAGCAGUACGACGUGGACGGCCUGUGCGCCGGCGUGGAGCAGAGCCUCCGGGGGGGCCCGGCCGCCGAGCCCGCCGACCGGAGCGACAAGAGCCACAAAGGCGCCAAAGGGGAGAGGCCGGGGAAGGAUAAAAAGCAGAUCCAGACCUCUCCUGUCCCCGUUCGGAAAGCCAGCAGGGACGAGGAGAAGAGGGAGUCGCGCAUCAAGAGCUACUCACCGUAUGCGUUCAAGUUCUUCAUGGAGCAGCACGUGGAGAAUGUCAUAAAAACCUACCAGCAGAAGGUCAACCGGAGGCUGCAGCUGGAGCAGGAAAUGGCGAAAGCUGGACUCUGUGAAGCUGAACAGGCACAGAUGAGGAAGAUCCUCUACCAGAAGGAAUCUAACUACAACAGGCUGAAGAGGGCCAAAAUGGAUAAGUCCAUGUUUGUGAAAAUCAAAACCCUGGGGAUCGGUGCCUUUGGAGAAGUGUGCCUUGCUUGUAAGGUGGACACGCACGCCCUCUACGCCAUGAAGACCCUCAGGAAGAAGGACGUCCUGAACCGGAAUCAGGUGGCCCACGUCAAGGCCGAGAGGGACAUCUUGGCUGAGGCAGACAACGAGUGGGUGGUCAAGCUCUACUAUUCCUUCCAAGACAAGGACAGCCUGUACUUCGUGAUGGACUACAUCCCGGGGGGGGACAUGAUGAGCCUGCUGAUCCGGAUGGAGGUCUUCCCCGAGCACCUGGCCCGGUUCUACAUCGCAGAGUUGACCCUGGCCAUUGAGAGCGUCCACAAGAUGGGCUUCAUCCACCGAGACAUCAAGCCAGACAACAUUUUGAUAGAUCUCGAUGGUCACAUCAAACUGACGGAUUUUGGCCUCUGCACUGGGUUCAGGUGGACUCACAAUUCCAAAUACUACCAGAAAGGGAGCCACAUCAGACAGGACAGCAUGGAGCCCAGUGACCUCUGGGAUGACGUGUCUAACUGUCGAUGUGGAGACCGGCUGAAGACGCUGGAGCAGAGAGCCCGGAAGCAGCACCAGAGGUGUCUGGCCCACUCCCUGGUUGGGACCCCAAAUUACAUCGCACCGGAAGUGCUGCUGCGAAAAGGGUACACGCAGCUCUGUGACUGGUGGAGUGUUGGCGUGAUUCUCUUCGAGAUGCUGGUGGGACAGCCACCCUUCUUGGCCCCGACUCCCACGGAGACCCAGCUGAAGGUGAUAAACUGGGAGAACACGCUCCACAUUCCAGCCCAGGUCAAGCUGAGCGCCGAAGCCCGGGACCUUAUCACCAAACUGUGCUGUGCUGCUGACCAGCGCCUGGGGAGGAACGGGGCCGACGAUCUGAAGGCCCACCCCUUCUUCGGGGCCAUCGACUUCUCCAGUGACAUCCGGAAGCAGCCGGCCCCCUAUGUGCCCAAGAUCAGCCACCCCAUGGACACCUCCAACUUUGACCCCGUAGAUGAAGAGAGCCCUUGGAACGACGCUAGUGAAGACAGCACUAAGGCCUGGGACACGCUCACCUCUCCCAACAACAAACACCCUGAGCACGCAUUUUAUGAAUUCACUUUCCGGAGGUUCUUUGAUGACAACGGCUAUCCCUUUAGGUGCCCAAAGCCUUCGGGAGCAGACACUUCACAGGCCGAGGACUCUGACGUGGAAAAUUCCGAUACGGGGGAUCAGACCGAAGGGUGCCAGCCAGUGUAUGUGUAGACUCCGCUUCGCCGACGCUCUGCCUCCACGGGGGCCCGGGGUGCCCGUGGCCGGUCUCCCCGCAGGCCCGGUGGACAGCUGAGCUCAGCCGUGUUCAAGGUGGGUUGAGUCUGGCAGUGGAAGUUCUGGUCUUCGCCAAAACCCCCAAAAGAAACAAGAAAGCUUUUUACGCGAGGACUCAAGCCUAACAGGUUCCGAAUGAUGGGGGUGGGGGGCGGGUGUCAACAUUGCUUUGAAUUGGCUUUCGAGGACCUUCACUGCAUUAAAACAAUGUUUUUAAAACUUAGUACAGUUUAGAAAGAGCACUUAUUUUGUUUAUAGCCAUUUUCUUACUAAAUUAUAGGGAUUAACUUUGACAAAUCAUGCUGCUGUUAUUUUCUACAUUUGUAUUUUAUCCAUAGCACUUAUUCACAUUUAGGAAAAGACAUAAAAACUGAAGAACAUGUGAUAAGAAAUCUCUGUGCAAUAAUGUGUAAAAAAAAAAAAAAGAUAACACUGUUCUGAUAUUACUGAUGCCAUUUUAUUCACACAAUGGUUUUUGUUUUAUACUUUUUCCCACAUUUCAAAAUUGUGAUAUAAUGUUAAAAGCUGCUUUUUUUUUUUUUUUUUUUUUUUUUUGCUUUUUGCAUAUUAUAGUAUAAUAGAAAGUGUGAGCAAGGUGAUCAUGUGGGUGUGAUUUCAGAUGUCUGGUGUGUAGAGAGUACUGCAUGAGCAGGGUUUUUCUAUUAUAAAAUUACCAUAUCUUGCCAUUCACAGCAGGUUCUGUGAAUAUGUUUUUACUGAGUAUCUUUAAAUGAGAUGUUCUAGACAGUGUGCUGAUAAUGUAUCGUGUGGGUGACUUCUUCGCUAUGAUUGUAACCCUUACUGUUUUGUUAAAGAAACGCAGAUGUGUAACAGAAGCGAUCUUUGUGUGUGUGUCUUGGGGGGCAAACUUCAACAUUUGUCAUACACUAAACUCGUAUACAUCAAAAGGGAUUAAUUUAGCCAUGCCAAAAAUUUUAAGUUCAUCCUGGGACUGUGUCCGUUUCGCUCGUCCGGACACUCUCACUGGCAUCGCUGACACGUGGAACCCAGUGGCUGCGACCUACUGCCACUGAGAGGUUUCGUGACGUCGUUCCUCCUGUGGUCUUGGACAGCUGAGGUAUUGCUACCAGGAUGAAAUUUAGUUCUUCCACAUUUGUGUGUGUGUGUGUGCGUGUGCUUUGAAGUAUCAAACUUAACUGGGUUUUAACAGUACAUUUUUCUAAUCUUUGUAAAACAGCAAGGAUUAUUCAAAGUGACAUUGGAAUAAAAAAAAAAAAAAUGAAGCCAUACAUAUUUUCUUAGAAGUGUAGAUGUAUAUAUAACUACAUAGAUAAACACACCAAAUAUUCCUUUUUUCAAAUUAGUAUGAUUCCUAUUUAAAGUGAUUUAUAUCUGAGUUAAAAGUUCAAUUCUUUUUUGCUUUUUAAAAACCUGACGCGUCGUAUUUUUCAUUAUAUUAUUCCACAUAUUUUUCCUCGAAGUUUUUAGCAUAACGUAUCCAUUAUUUAGUGUAUAUCUAGGCAACAACACUUAUAAGUUUAUCAGUGUCUAAACGAAACAAACAAACAAAACUGUACUGGUUUACAUUGUAUGAAUGGCAAAUUCUGAAGUCUGCUGUGCUUGUACUGUGACUCAGUAUUUUCGCUAUUUUGUAGUAAAGCCCGUUAUUUACAGCGCUCUGACAUACUUUCAUGUGGUAGGUUCUUUCUCAGGAACUCAAUUUAACUAUUAUUUAUUGAUAUAUCAUUGCCUUUGAAAAGCUUCUACUGGCACAAUUUAUUAUUAAAAGUUUGAAUCCAAA